AUGCAGAAAGUUUUGAUCAGCAAUUGUCAGAGAUCAACUGAAAAUCCCUUUUGUGGAUGCUCUCAUGAUGAUCAAGCCUUAUCAGAAAUUUUUGAAAGAUGCCAUUUGGAGAGAACCAAGGAAGUGCAAGGCAUGGUGGUAUUGUCUCAAGAGUGUAGUGCUAUAAUUCAAAGCAAGACAGUAACAAAGAAGCUUGGUGAUCCUGGAAGCUUCACUCUCCCUGUUCCUUGGGACCUUAGCUUUCAAGAAAAAUCAGUUAAGCUUCCAGUAGGCAUGCUUGAAGAUAUGCCACUCAAGGUGGGAAGUGUGAUAGUUCCAACUGACUUUGUGGUAGUAGAGAUGGAUGAAGAACCCAAAGAUCCUCUGAUUUUGGGAAGACCUUUCCUUGCCACUGCUGGAGCUAUAAUAGACGUGAGAAGAGGCAAGAUUGAGCUGAAUUUGGGUAAAGACUGCAAGAUGGUGUUCAAUGUAAAAGAUGUUAUGAAGCAACCAACUAUCAAUGGCGAGUCAUUUUACAUUGAAACACUUGAGCAGCUAGCCGAUGACUACUUGGAGGAAUUGGGAGUUGAGGAUAAGCUGCAGCUGGCUUGA